AUAAGCUGCUUCACAAAGCGACGGAGCGUGGUUUGCAAACAUGCAUUACACACGCAGAACCGAAGGACGGUUCCUGUAGUCGAUAUUGCGACAUUACGAAGCGUUGAAGGAAAGAAACUAUGUAUAAUACGGAGCAAGCCGUAUCAUCGUUUAAAUUGCUCUGCCCGUCCACACUAAUCAAGAUUCUUUUCCUAGCAUGGUCAAGUCGAUGUCUUGUGGCCAACAACUCUGACAGCCUCGGUUGCAAGAAUACGGGAAAGUUGUACAGUAACGUUUCAUGCGAAGGAGAUAAGAUCACCCUGUCGUGUCCAAAAGGACAGCCAUGGCUGACGGUAGAAAGCGCGAGGUUUGGUCGAACGUUAAGCGAGGAACAGCUGUGCCUCAGGCCUGGGAAUCUUCACCCAAAGCUGGAGCCACCAAACUGCGUUCUAAACGUAGCAGGAACGGUGGAGGAGAUCUGCGACUACCGAACACCAUGUGUUUUCAAAGUGAAUAAUACAACGCUUCGUGGUGACCCCUGUCCUAGUGUGUACAAAUACUUAUGGGUCCGCUUUAGUUGUAACUGUCAUGAAAAGCGAACCAGAAUGGCGAGAGCAACUGUGCCAACGUGUACAACAAGGAAACGAAGCAUUACGUCAUCCAUCUACACUUUUAGACACCCCACACCAACCCUCACAGCAAUUGAUCAGUCAAUAGCGCAAAAUCUCUCGAUUUCUCAAAGUGUGUCCAGCUCAAGUCAUCUACCAAUCGGAAUGACAAUCACACCAACCACAACUGCCUCGACCCAGUCUUUUAUAGUUACAUCCACCAUCUCGGCUAAUAAUGAAAGUCUAAGAAAUUUUACAUCGUUUGUGCGUGGAGGACGUGGAAAAAUCUCAGUUUUCUUUAUAUUGCUUGAACUGUUCGCCAUCUACAAUGAGGCAGCAAAUGAAGACCCGCCGAUGGCAUUGAUGUGGUGCUUCAUCGGUAUUCUCCUUGGCCUCUUCAUAAUCACGAUGGUAUUCCUUGUCAUAGGACUGAGGAAAAAACCUAAGAACAAAAAACUUUUCCGUCUCAGUCAGCUAGACACGGACGAAAGCGAGAUUCAAAGCCCGACUAUCCACACAACUGCGCAGUUUCCCGAACCACCCGCCGUAAACGGCCGUCAGGAAGCCAGCGAAAAGGUUUCAGGUGGUACGACAAGCAAUCCAGUGAGUAAACAUUUCCCAGGAAUGAGCUCCUGGUCGGACCUUUUGAAAACGGACACUUCGCUGUACAUCAACCCAUUAUGGCGGGGUUUCCGAGAUGGAUAUCAGGGUUUAGACGGGGGGGAGGAGUUGAACACGGCUCGAAAUGACUGGGGGGAGUUGAGCCGAUCAGAACCGUGGAAUUUGAGUGGAGUUGUGGACGGGGCGGAGGAGGGUGUUCAUGGUGAUGGUGAAGAGACAACUCCUGCUGGUGUUCAUGGUAGUGGUGGAAGCAACGGAACCAGCAGUAUCAGUGGCAGCGGUAGCCAAGAAAACACUGGUAGUCAUGGAAACAGUGGCAGUGACAUCAGCACCACCAAGAACAAUGAACCACCUGACAUCAACCCCGAGCAGAUUAAAUCUUUUCCAGCGGACACCGAUCUGUCACGGGCAUCCGCGAGCAAGAGACGAAGCAACGCCGAGAGCGAUAACUUGGCGGGUGCUAUACCGGUCGGGAUCCCCUCGCUUCCAGUCCCCGAUUCAAAAAUCUUCCACACGGAACCAACACGAACAAAACCAGAAAAACCGGUAGUCGAUGACCCAAAGCCAGUAGCCAGUAAUGCAAGGCAACCGGACGGCAACACAAAACCAGAGCUUCUGGACGAUGGCAACGAAUUAAAAGAGCAGAAACCAAGAAGCUCUAGCUCUAGCGGCGACUGUAAAUUGCCGGGCAACAAACUUUUGUCAAAGUUUGGUUUAAAUAGCGAAGACAUGGGUCCCGCAUGUAACACUGCUCUUUCAUCGCCGUGUCUGUACAUUAAGGACGUCAACGAAGAGAUUAGUGAACCUGGGAAACAAGAUCUUCCAGAUUCAUCUAAUCCGGGAUCCAACCCUACACUUAAGGUUCGUUCACGACCGUUACGAUGUCGAAGCCUCGACCUAAACUCUCCCCAGAGGAUUGCAUCCCUACAUCAUACACACGCGCCCUUAGACAUACCUAGUGUCAGAAUACCCACAGCUUGUAGCCCCACAACACAGAACCACAGUAACCCCCCGCCGCCGUUUGUAAAGAAAAGAAACAAUCCAAAUCUUUCUCGAAAUGCUUUAGUACAUGAUAAACCAAGCUCUCAAGUUCAAGGUGAAAUACCAUCAAAUUUACCUGUCACCAAACCGAAGAAACGACCGUCUGACAGUCGCGCAAGCUCUGGUUACUAUAGCAACAACCCAUCACCGUUAGUGGAAUGCCCUGUGGACAUUACUAACUCACAAAACUCCGGCAGAAUCGCCGACAGAACUGCUGAAAGAGAUUCAAGUUUAAAACAAAAGAUGCUUGUUCAUGGCGAUGAUGAUCUACCCCCUCUGCCACCCCCUCCGCCCCCUCUGAUCCCUAUUUCACCCCUACCACAUAUGUGUAUGAGUAGUUAUCGUGGACCAGCUAGCAAAGAGGAAAAUAAUAAUAAUCCUGCAAAGACGGGAGGCAGAAAGGUCCACUUUAAAUCGUCGAAAUAGUAAAUAUAUAUAAAUAAAAAACAUGUAUAUAAUAUACAGAACAUAUAAUAAUAAAAUAGAAUAAAAUGAA